AAGUUCCCGAAAGGCUUCCGGUCGCUUCUAGAGCCAACGAGAACUGCGUUGCUCCUACUUGUCAUUGUAAACUCUUUGCUCGCAGUUUUCGGGAAUACUCCCGAGCAACAACUUUUAAAGCUAGCCCGACUUCCAGAUUUUCCACGAUAUUCGGCAUCACGAUAAUGGCUCUCAUAUCUCUGUUUUCUGAACCCAUUUUUGAUGCCGAGCUGACGCCGCUAGGCCUCGGCUUUGCGUCGGAAGAUGCCUUCCAGCAUGGCCACGAGCGGCAGCGCAAGCGCCACACUGAGCGCCACACGCACGAGCGGGACAAUAUCGCAACGCCGCGCGACCAGAGCUGGGAUCUUUCCGGGCCAACAGCGCCCAUGGACAUUGUAGAAACUCCAAGCGGGUAUGAGUUGCAUGCCGACGCCCCGGGCUUGGGCCCACGCGACGUGAAGGUCGAGCUGCAUAACGGCGUUCUCCAGAUCAGUGGCUCCCGCAAGUUGCACCACGAGUCCAAGGACUUGCGCGGCCGCCUGCUCCGUCGCGAGCGCACCGCCUACAGCUUCAGCCGCGCCUUCAGCCUGCCGGAGAACGCCAACCCGGACGGCAUCACCGCCGCCAUGGACAAGGGAGUGCUGGUGGUCACCGUGCCCAAGCGGCCGCACGCUACUGCCGGGCCGCCGGCGCCCAAGCGGAUUGCGGUGGCGGCGGCGCCUGCCGCGAAGCUGUAGUAGCGGCGAAGCUGUAGCAUCGUGAGCUGCCCCGAGCCGGCCAGGGUUCAGGGAUGGGAUUGGCUGCCGGUACGCCAACAAUAAGAGACAUGGAGUCAUGGAUGCGCGGCAAAUGACUGUUACUGGGAAGUCUCUAGGCUUAUCAGGUAUAUACGGUAAGGUUCAUGUUUGCAUGGGUUCGCAGGCUGCUUGCAGGCGGCCAUAUGGGUUUGUCAGUUUGCUGUGUGGUCCUGGGGUUGUGUGACGAUUCGCCUGUCACCUGGCGCCUGACGUCAGCGACGUGUUUGGGUUUCGCAGCCGUCGUGCUGGUUGACGCUUUGACCCGUAACCUGUUUUGCAAUUCCUAUGUUGCUGGUUUAUCUUGUUGAUUGCCAGAACGCACUUUUUGUAGUUGUGUAGUCUUGCCGGUCCUUGUAAAUUGUCGUUCGGGUAUUCAGGAUUGCAAAGGAGAGAAGGAUUGGCAAAGGCUGUGUAGCACAGACCACAAACGUGCUGACCAGCGCAUACACGGCGCGACGGCGCGAAGAGAAGGGAACGCAACCUUUAAGAGGGUUUGACGAAACUGCUGUAACUUGUGGUAGGAUUCGUGAUCCAUGUCAGAAGGCUCACACACGUCCCGUAUGCACAGAGUGAGCCACGUAGCUCACCCUCAGCCAUCCAGCCACACCCUUUGUAAGUCAUUUCUCAU